CCCGCUGAGGAUGCGGUGUCGCGCGCCGCGGCUCCGCUGCCUGCCCCAGCUCCUCGCCUCGUCUCAGAGUGAAGAUUGAGCAGAGAGGGACGCAGCGAUGGGAGGACGGAGCACGUAGCAGCUCCAGCUCCAUCCUGCUCCUCCUCGCUCCUGCUGUUGUUUGGGUUUAUUCCCGGGAAAAUGGCGACUGGAGCGGGCUGGCAGCCUCCGUACACCUCCUCCUCCUCCUCCUCCUCCGGUACCAGCAACGCCAAACACAGCGCUGCCUGUCCAACGGCCAACAUGUUUUAUGACGGAGGCGUAACGCUAGAAUACACUCAGGACCUGCAUCUGAAGAUGAGCAAGAAGAUCGCACAGCUCACCAAGGUAAUUUAUGCUCUCAACACCAAGAAUGAUGAACACGAGGAGGAAAUUGAGUCUCUGAAGGAAGCCCACGAGGAUGAGGUCCAGCACAUAGUGACAGAAACCAGAGACAAGAUUAUGCAGUACAGGAGCAAAAUGGCGGACGAGGCAGACCUGAGGCGGCGGUUGGCCAGUCUUGAGGAAUCUGUGGAACUGCACGAACACAUGAAGAGACAGGCUCUAGCCGAGUUUGAGAUGUACAGACAGAGAAUGGAAGACUCGCAGCUCUGCACCGAGGCCCAGCACACACAAAGAGUGGUGUCCAUGAGCAGAGAGAAACACACUUCAAAAUGCCCCUUUAAGGCGAGGCAGCAUCAGCAGGUGGAAGAGAUGCGUCGGGAUUUUGAGGAGAAGCUGCGGUCGUUCAGCCAGGCUCAGGCCCAGUUUGAGGCAGAUAAACGGCGAGCGCUGGACGAGCUGAGGGCCACCCACCGCCAGGAGGUGGAGGAGCUGCGCGACAACCAGCAGAACCACAGCGCCUCCUCCGUGGAAGACCAGGAGAAAUUGGCCGAGCUCCAUAGACAAGAGGUGGAGGCUUUGAUGGAGAGGGUGGAGGAGCUAACAAAGGAUAAGGUCCAACUGGUGGAGGAGUACGAGGCCAAGUUGGCCAAAGCUCAAGAGUAUUAUGAGAGGGAGCUGGAGGCCAUGAGGAGGACACACCAGCUCACCACCGAGAACCUGCUGGCCUGGAAGAGGACUGAAGUGGAGCUCCGGAAAGAGUUCCAGGCCCAGGAAGCGGCGCUGCAGCGCUCCCUAUCCAAGCUGAGGAGUGAGCUCCAGAAAGCUCAGGAGGAGGCCCGGGAGAAUCGGGACAAGACCAACCGGCUGCAGACGUCGCUGGCCAACGCCGAGGGGACCAUCAAGAACCUGCACAAGCAGCUGGAAGAAGCCAUCCAGGAUGGAGAGAUCUGGGUGAUGCAGCUGAAGGACACUGAGUAUGAGCUGGAGAGCAGCAGGGAACGGGUUCAGCAGCAGGCCACUGAAAUCCUCCACAAAGCCAGUCAGAUCGGUUCCUUGCAGGCCACCCAGAUGGCUCAUGAGGCAACCAUCAGGAACCUGGACCAGGAGCAGAGUCGUCUCAAGGAGAAGAUCGGCAGGUUGGAGGAGGAGAGGGAGGCUGUGCUCAACCAGAGCCAGGUCGCCAACGAACAGCACAAACAGCAAGUGCUCAAACUAGAGCACUCUCUACGCGAGGAGCACCAGGGCUAUGAGAAGGAGCUCUCCAGGGUCAGAGCCCACUAUGAGGAGGAGACACUUCGCUUUAAGGAGGCUCAGGUCAGAGCGCUGGAAGAGAUGGAGCAGAAGCACCGGUCCAUGAGGGAGGAGGCUCAGCAGGAGAAAGAGGAGGAGAAGAAGCUCCUCAUUACAAAAAUGAGUCAGGAGUUUGAGAUUAAACGGCUGUCGCUGGAGGAGCAGAGGGACCGUCUCCAGCAGCAGCUGGACAACUUGAAAGAGGAGCUCACGGCCAAACUCAACAUGGCCAAUCAGGACGUGUCCCACCUCCAGGAGCUGGUGAGAGAGGGGGAGCAGAACAUGAGCUCAGCCAAGACGCAGAUAAGCUGUCUGAAGGAAACUCAGGAGAAGCUCCGGAUCGAGCUGGACGCAACCAGAGCUCGAGUUCGAGAGACUAGCAACCUUCUCACUGACCUGCAGGAGGAGAUCGAGAGCCAGAAGCAGCAGCACGACGCCAAAGUGAUGGCCAUCAGGACGGAGGAGAAGCAGAAGAUGGACAAGAUGGCCGACGACUUGGAUCAGAAAUGGAGAGAUGCUCUGAGGGAGGAGGUGCGUCUGCUGAAGGACGAGCUGACGGAGGAGUACGAAGCAGACAAACAGGCGGCGCUGACUCAGCUGUCCCAGCAAAAGGAGCUGGAGUUGAUGGCGGCCAGAGAGGGCUGGCAGAGGAAAGUGGAAGACCUGCUGGAACAGAUCUCCCUGCUGAAGCAGUCUCUGGAGCUCCAGCUGAACCAGUCGCAGUCAGCCCUGCAGCAGCUGCAGUCCCAGUUCAGCCAGGAGAGGGAGCUGCUGAGCCAGCAGCUCAAAGAGCUGCAGAGAGAGCAUCAGAGGAGGGAGCAUCGGCUACAGGAGGCCCACUGCUGUGCCCUUAGCACCAUGGAGGAAGCCCGGCAGCAUCAGAUUAGAGCCCUGGAGGAGCGUCUGAAGCAGGAGCAAAGGGAGGAGGUCCACGCUCUGAAGGAGGCCCACAGGAGGACGUUAGAGAUCCUCCGGCAGCAGUCGGAUCAGGAGCUGCAGACGCUCCGAUUUGAGCUGGAAGACGACGGGAAAGCGAAGCUGGCCUCUCUUCGAGCAGAACUCAACCACCUCCAUGCCGCAUCCAUCGAGCAUCUGAAGCAGAUUCACAUUAAAGAAAACACGUCGGCCAAAAGAGAGCUGGAGAAAGCGAUGGAGCACAGCCACCAGCAGGAACAGGAACUCCUGGUUCGACUAGCCGACCUUCAAGGAGAGGUGUGUUCCCGUAGCAACCGCAUCACUGAUCUGGACCAUGAGAUCCACUCUCUUAAUGAGACUAUCGACACUCUGACCCGAGAGCUGGAGCUGAAGGGCAAGGAGGUGCUGCGAGUCCGAAGUGAAGCGAACCAUCAGAUAAGAGCCCAUGAGCAGGAUCUCAUAAAGAGACACGAGAGGGACCUGGAGGAGCUGAAGAUCGUCCACCACAGAGAAACACAGAUCAUGCUGGCUGACUUCAACAAGGCCCAGGAGGUUCUGAAGGACAAGAUUUCUGCUCUACAAAUACUGUUGGAGGGUACAGAGGAGAAGUUAAGGAACAGAGAAAGCCGACCAGAAGACCUGCAUAUCAUAGCAGAGCUCAGAGAGAUGGUGACUGAGAGGGAAGCUCUGGUGAAAAAGCUGGUGGAUGACAAGAAGUUCUACCAGUUGGAGUUGGUCAACAGAGAGACGGGCUUCAACAAGGUCUUCAAUUCCAGUGCCAACGUUGGUGUCAUCAACCCCCUGAUCAAGCCUUCCUGAAGCCAGCGCCACAACACUGGCCGAAUCCAGAGGGACGGAGGCGGAGAACAAAAGCAAAGGAAAUACAGCUGAAGAGGAGGAUCUGUACUCUCAGUCCUUCACCUUCUGACCGGCAAAAAAUAAUCAUCCUGAUUCUGUCAAGUCAAGCAAAAAAAGGGAGGAGCAGUGGGACAGGGAACUACGGCGAUCAGCGCCCACAACAUGAGUCUGGCUACAGUCCUUAGGGCUUCCAUACGUGUGUGUGUGUGUGUGUGUGUGUGUGUGUGUGUGUGUGUGUGUGUGUGUGUGUGUGUGUGUGUGUGUGUGUGUGUGUGUGUGUGUGUGUGUGUGUGUGAUCUCUGAAGGUUUAACUUACAGCAGAAUCAGGUUAAAAUCAUUAAAUCUGGAUAAAAACUGGUCACAGAUAUUAUUCUGUUAUUAAAACAGUCGACUCAGAACAAAUUUACAGGGGAAGAAAUGAAAUCUAAUUUAUUUAACGGGUGAAUUGCUGUUGAGUUUUUGGGUGAAUCCAGCCAAACGUAAACAUCAGCAGCUGCUGAGUUUUAGUUAAAAGGGCAGAAAUCCAGUUUCAUAUAAAAGCGUGCUUACUCUGACCUGCUGUUUGACUUCUUUAUUUAUAAUUAUGUAAAGUAUAGAACAUGUUUCAGAAAUCUGAAUUUAUUUAUUUAUAUAUUGAAUGCGUUCACACACAGGUUCUCUAGUUUUCCCGUGUCACGAAAGUUGGUAACGGAUGUGUUCCCGUUACGACCAUCCCACCGUCACACACUCGUUGCAGGGCUGCCAACUCUCACACAUUUGACCCUCUUCACACGCUCUCAUGCCACACCUCCAAUCUCUCACGCUAAACCAGCGCCUGCGCUCCCCAAACGUGCAUCACACACAGUGUGUAGGGCUUUAAAACCAGAUGAUAUUAAUCAUAGCAUUAGCUACUGAACAACAUGCUCACAAAUAGCACUUAAGUCUUAAUUUAACCGGCAUAUUUCACACACAGAAUCCCAUCUGUAGUUACAUUUGUGACACGUAGCUGUAACUCUUUACUGCUGAUGGAUGGAUGGAUGGAUGGGUGGGGGGUGGAUGGAUGGAUGGAUGGAUGGAUGGAUGGAUGGGUGGAUGGAUGGAUGGAUGGGUGAAUGGAUGGAU